AUAAACGGAUCCGAGGUCCAAUGCGCGAGUGCUGCACAAUAACGAGGCAAUAAAUACCGAUCGCCUCUCCCUCGCCCACAUUUACCUUCCGUCGCCGUGACUUCCACCGCCGCACCAUCCCGGCGGUCCACGGAUCUCCUCCGAACACCUUAACCCACCGCCAUUAAUCACCAUGUCCAGCAUCUCGGGCGCACGCAUCACGGUCACGGCAUAGCCUACGCCCGCCUACCAUGGACGCCUCGUCGUCGUCCACCCCCGCGGCGCCGCCGCCGACGCACUCCGUGCUCGACACCAUCCAGAACAAGCUGAGUCCGGGCGUGCUCCUCAUCGUGGCCAUCCUGGCCAUGGUGUUCUUCAUCUUCGGCCUGCUCAACCUGCUGGUGCAGAACAUCCUGCGGCUGCGCCGCGCGCGGCGGCACCGCCUGCGCGUCGCCGCGGGCGACGUCGACGGCAGCAGCCCCACGGCGCUCCAGGGCCAGCUGCAGCAGCUGUUCCACCUCCACGACGCCGGCGUCGACCAGGCCUUCAUCGACGCGCUCCCCGUCUUCGUCUACCGCGCCAUCCUCGGCGCCCGCAAGGGCGGCGGCGACCCCUUCGACUGCGCCGUGUGCCUGUGCGAGUUCGCCAUGGACGACGCGCUCCGCCUGCUGCCCACCUGCGGCCACGCCUUCCACGUCCCCUGCAUCGACGCCUGGCUGCUCUCGCACUCCACUUGCCCGCUCUGCCGCGGCAGCGUCCUCGCCGCCGACCUCUCGCCCGCGUCCAGCCCGGUGGUGCUCGUCCUCGAGUCCGACGGCCGCGCCGACACGGCCGCGGAGGCGCUGGGCGGAAGGGACGGCAAUGAGAAUGAGGCCUACCCGAAGGCAGAGGAGGUCGUCGAGGUGAGGCUUGGCAAGCUCCGGUGCAUGGACGGCAAUGGCGGUUCAGGGCAUCUCGCCGCCGAUCAAGCCGCUAGCAGAGACGACCUUGGACGGAGGAGGUGCCUGUCCAUGGGAUCCUACGAGUACGUCAUGGACGACCACGCCGCGCUCCGCGUCGCCAUCAAGACGCCGGCCAAGAAGCGCCCGAGGUCGCGGCGCCGGCACGCGCUCUCGGAGUGCGACUUCGGGAGCGACGUCGCCAAGGGAGGAGCGUGGGAGGCAGCCGUGAAAGAGGCCGCGGCGCCGGAGCCCGCCGGAGCGCGCCGCGGCGACGACGCGAGGCUGAGCAACAAGGACAGCUUCUCCGUGUCCAAGAUCUGGAUGGUGCGCGGCGCCAAGAAGGAGGACGGCCGGGCACUGGCCGGCGCGAGGCGGUCCGUGUCGUUCCGGUGGCCGGCGAUGGCCGAGGCGAGCAGGAACGACGGCGCCGACGACCGGGAGCGCCGGGACGUGGAGUCGCAGUCGGGAAGCUUCGGCAGCAGCGGCGCCCCGUCCCUUGCGGAGGAGAGGCUGCCGCUCGCGCGGACGAGGACGGCGCCGCUCUGGGCCGCCGGCGGGUGGCAGGCGAACAGCAGCAGCGCCGGGAGCCAUUCCUGAGCCGCAUUUGAUUUUUGCACAUCUUCUUCUUCUUCUUCUUCUUGAAAUUCAGAUUGCACUUUUGAAGUUUGAACACAGGAGAUCAGUUCGUUUUU